ACCCGGCGGCCACCAGACUCAGUCCCUAGCCGGCCGGUCUGGGCAGAGGAGGAGGGCUGUUGGCAGUGACUGGAGGCUUCGCUAUGGGAAGUUGUUCCUUUGCUCUUUCGUGCGCAGCCCACCUCCCUGGUUCUCCGCUGCUGCUGUCGGAGGAGAGCAUCGGGAGGCGCGGGUUGCAGCCUUGGCUGCCUGUCCCUGCCUCGGCGGCCGCGCGUCUGGGCAGGUGCUGAGCGCCCCCGGUGCCUCCCUCGCCGCCUCCCUCCGCUGCCCGGCUGCCCGGCUCUCCGGCUGCCCGGCUGCCGCAUUGCACAUGGGGUGUUGGAGGUAGAUGGGCUCCCGGCCCGGGAGGCGGUGGUGGAUGCGGCGCUGGGCAGAAGCAGCCGCCGAUUCCAGCUGCCGGAGGUCCACGCGCCCAGAGCGCCCCUGCAAGUCCCGGACUCAGCCAUGGGGACCUCUGCUAGCAGUCGCACCGCUCUCGCCUUCUGCAGCCGCAUCGCUGGAGCCACGAUGAUCGCCGGCUCCCUUCUCCUGCUUGGAUUCCUUAGCACCACCAUGGCUCAGCCAGAACAGAAGGCCCCAAAUCUCAUUGGCAAAUAUCACCACAUCGACCGUGCCACGGGCCAGGUGCUAACCUGUGAUAAGUGUCCAGCAGGAACCUAUGUGUCUGAGCACUGUACCAACACCAGCCUGCGGGUCUGCAGCCGCUGCCCUAGGGGGACCUUUACCAGGCAUGAGAAUGGCAUAGAGAAAUGCCAUGACUGCAGUCAGCCAUGCCCAUGGCCAAUGAUUGAGAAAUUACCAUGUGCUGCCUUGACUGACCGAGAAUGCACUUGCCCACCCGGCAUGUUCCAGUUUAAUGGUACCUGCGCCCCCCAUACGGUGUGCCCUGUGGGCUGGGGUGUGCGAAAGAAAGGGACCGAGAUGGAGGACGUGCGGUGUAAGCAGUGUGCUCGGGGGACCUUCUCUGAUGUGCCUUCUAGUGUGAUGAGAUGCAAAGCAUACACAGACUGUCUGAGUCAGAACCUGGUGGUGAUCAAGCCGGGAACGAAGGAGGCAGACAACGUCUGUGGCACACUCCCAUCCUUCUCCAGCACGAGCCCACCUUCCCUUGGUACAGCCACCUUUUCACGCCCUGAGCACAUGGAAUCCCAAGAAGUUCCUUCCUCUACUUAUGUUCCCAAAGGCAUGAACUCAACAGAAUCCAACUCUUCUGCCUCUGUUAGACCAAAGGUAUUGAGUGGCAUCCAGGAAGGGACUGUCCCAGAUAACACAAGCUCAGCGAAGGGGAAGGACAACAUGAAUAAGACCCUCCCAAACCUCCAGAUAGUCAACCACCAGCAAGGCCCCCACCACAGACACAUCUUGAAGCUGCUGCCAUCCCUGGAGGCCACUGGAGGUGAGAAGUCCAGCACACCUAUCAAAGGCCUCAAGAGGGGACAUCCCAGACAGAACCUGCACAAGCAUUUUGAUAUCAACGAGCACUUGCCCUGGAUGAUUGUGCUUUUCCUGCUGCUGGUGCUUGUGGUGAUAGUGGUGUGCAGUAUCCGGAAGAGCUCCAGGACUCUGAAAAAGGGGCCACGACAGGAUCCCAGCUCCAUUGUGGAAAAGGCCGGGCUGAAGAAAUCCAUGGCCCCUGCCCAGAACCGGGAGAAGUGGAUCUACUACUGUAACGGCCAUGGUAUUGACAUCCUGAAGCUGGUAGCAGCCCAGGUGGGAAGCCAGUGGAAAGACAUCUAUCAGUUUCUGUGCAAUGCCAGUGAGAGGGAGGUGGCUGCGUUCUCCAACGGGUACACAGCAGAUCACGAGAGGGCCUAUGCAGCUCUUCAGCACUGGACCAUCCGGGGCCCUGAGGCCAGUCUUGCCCAGUUAAUUAGUGCCCUGCGCCAGCACCGGCGCAAUGAUGUUGUGGAGAAGAUUCGGGGACUGAUGGAAGAUACAACCCAGCUGGAAACUGACAAACUGGCUCUCCCAAUGAGCCCCAGCCCACUCAGCCCCAGUCCUGUCCCGAGCCCCAACACAAAACUUGAGAAUUCCACUCUCCUGACAGUGCAGCCCUCCCCGCUGGAUAAGAACAAGGGCUUCUUUGUGGAUGAGUCUGAGCCCCUUCUUCGUUGUGACUCCACCUCCAGUGGCUCCUCGGCUCUCAGCAGGACAGGCUCCUUUAUUACCAAAGAAAAGAAGGACACGGUGUUGCGACAAGUACGCCUAGACCCCUGUGACUUGCAGCCUAUUUUUGAUGAUAUGCUGCAUAUUCUGAAUCCCGAGGAGCUGCGGAUCAUCGAAGAGAUUCCUCAGGCUGAGGACAAGCUGGACCGGCUUUUUGAGAUUAUUGGAGUCAAGAGCCAGGAAGCCAGCCAGACCCUCCUGGACUCUGUUUAUAGCCAUCUUCCAGACUUAUUGUAGAACAUGAGGGAUACUGCACUCUAGAAAUACUCAAAUUUAGUGUCAGGGUGGUAUUUUUUUAAAUUUUUGUUUUUUGGAGGUGUGUGCGUGUUUUAAAGAGUCUAUGGCCAGUGUUCUGAGGUUUGUUUUUUUGUUUUUUUUUUUUUGUUGUUGUUGUUGUUUUUCUUUUUUCAGUAAUCCUUCUGGGAAAUUAGUGUAUAAGCCUUUUCAAGGUGUAACUGUUGCAAAAUACAUACCACUAAAGUUUUUUAGGUUCUAUAUUUUCUCUGUUUUGCCUUUUUAUGUAUUUUCAAAAUUGUUCUGUGCACUUUAAAUUCACUUAACAUACCGCAAAUGCAGUGUGACCUUUUCUGCACACUGGAUUUUGAGGCUCUUAACUUCUGAAAAGUGUAAUGGCAUCUUGUGAAUUCUAGAAGCAGUCUUCAUGUUUCAAUAUCGGCAUCUACUUAUCUACUUUUUUUAAUUAUUACUCUUUUUAUUAUUUGACAUUUAUGACUUUUCUUAAGGAUCAAGGAAAUGUAAGAUCUGUUGAAUUUCUGUAAUGCUAUUAGAUUUUGAGUUACUUUAUCGAUAUGCCUUGUUGUAGAGUUCAUAUUCAUGGCUGAAACUUGACCACACUGUUGCUGUUUUCACCCGAACACCAUGUAGAAUGCUUUGAUUCCUUGUGCUCCUCUUACACUAAUAUGCUCUGGGCUAGAGACAUGAAAUCCUCAAGCCAUCAGGACUUGCUGUUUAAGUGGCUUGACAACUUGGCCACCAAAGAACUUGAACUUCAUCUUUUAGAGAUCGAACUGUUCUGGAACAUGUUGCUGCACUUUGGAAAGUCAUAAUUGAGUGUCAGUGACACCUUUUCAUAGGGAAUCUGCCCAGUUUUGCUUUAAAAGAUGUCUUGUUUUUUAUAUACACAUAGUCAAUAGGUCCAGCCUACCCUCAAGGCUUUAGUCUUGAUGGGAUUCUUUCAUCAAUCAUUUUAAUUAAAAAUGGCUGCAGCUGUAAGAACUCUUGUCUGAUAUAUUUGCAACUAUGCUCUCAUUUAUAAAUGUACUCUCUAAUGCUCAGUUGCCAGAUUCUAAUGCAAAGGUGGCGUGGACUCCCUUUGUGUGGGCGGGGUUUGUGGGUAGUGGUGAGGGACUGAUAUCGGAAAAAUGCCUUCAAGUGUACUAAUUUAUUAAUAAAUAUUAGGUGUUUGUUA